GAUCCCUCUUAAAUUUUUAUUUUCUUUUCUUUACAAAAAAAAAAAAAAAAAACUACACCCUCACUUUGUUAUUUUAAAUCUGUGGGCAAACAAAUUGAAGCGGGGAAAACUAGAGCAAAAAAACUCAACGUAAAUGGCCGCCUCAUCGCCAGCUUUAAGUAACAACACCUCCCAUACUCACACCAUACUGGCCGCCACUUUGCAUCGUGAAACGCCGCAAAAAACUCUCCGCGGCCUCAACAAGCCCAAGUGUAUUCAAUGCAGCAACGUCGCUUGCUCUAGGGUGAAUUACAGUUUUAAAGUGGUUGUUUUUCCUUGUUGCGUUUCCUUCAGGAACUCGCUCAGAGUUGCAUCACUUAGGCAACUUUCCAACAAUUUUGCUCAAUUCAACAAUGUCCAAAUGCCACUGUGCUCAAGGAAACCAUUGACCAGAAAGGAUGCCACUGUUAUGAAUGAAUGGAGAUUUUGCAAGCUAAAGGAAUACAGGGAUAGAAAUAUUGAAGUGGAAAAUGAAGCUUCUGACCGUUGUAUGCAGAAUAUUAGUUUACUGGAGGAGGUAUUUUUGUGAAAUCUAUCAACGAGGAUGAGUCCUCUUUAUCAAACCCUAAUUCCACUUCCACUGAAGAAGACAGUGGCAUGAUGAUUUCAGGGCUGAAGUUGAAGCUAAGAUCAAAUUGUUGAUCAGGGUUUUAAGAAGUUACAAAACUGUGAGUUUAAUGAGGAGGAUAAUAAUGAGCUUAAUGACGAAAGCAAACUUGGGAAGAGACCAAAAAGGUAAAAUUUUAGUGGCCUGAGAAGGCUUCAGCUUUAAGCGACAUUAUUGACAAGCUGAAGAAAGCCCGGAGUGAAGAGGAUCCCCAGUCUUACUUGAAGUUAUAUUUCCAAGUUGGAAAUAUACAGCACCUACUCAAUCUGAAACUGAAGAUGAUGUGGAAACUAAGGAGCUAACCAAGAAAAAAGAUUUGGAAUGUUUUGCCAAAAUUGUUUACAAGAACUGAAAUCAAUCAAGAAAGUAUUAAUAAUGUUGAUGUACACUUCUCUUCCCUUGAGAAGAUAGAAGAUACAUAAUUUGAGGGAAGAUGUCUCAAUUAGGGAUAGGCUUUGGAUUAGACAAUAGCUAGUUAUGUGUAAGGAUGAUCGACCAACUGAUGUUGUAGAGCUGUGAUAUAAUAUAAUGGUUUAGUGCCAUUCAAUUGUGAAUAGAUGUCUUAUUCAUUGCUAGGAUUUUGAAUGCAUGGGUUUGUUGGUAGAAAUCUCCAUUAGAUGUAUCAUCUGAAUGGCUAAUUGUGGUCCUCUUUUGUAAAACUUCUUGCUGUUCGAAGUGAAAUAAUGUUUACU